CGUUAAAGGACAAACUAACUCUAGCUAAAAAUGACUGGUCGCGGUAAAGGAGGAAAAGGACUCGGUAAAGGAGGCGCUAAGCGUCAUCGCAAGGUUCUUCGUGAUAACAUCCAGGGUAUCACUAAACCCGCCAUCCGUCGUCUAGCACGCCGUGGAGGAGUGAAACGUAUCUCCGGUUUGAUCUACGAGGAAACUCGAGGUGUGCUGAAGGUUUUCCUGGAAAACGUAAUUCGUGACGCUGUCACUUAUACCGAACAUGCCAAGCGAAAGACCGUCACCGCCAUGGAUGUCGUCUAUGCGCUGAAACGCCAGGGACGUACUUUGUACGGUUUCGGAGGUUAAAUUAAUUCGACAGAAGAUAUUCCCACAAAAGGCCCUUCUAAGGGCCACAAAGUGAUUAAAUGAAAGUUAAUUAUUUUUCCAAUUUUCAAGCUAGUGUUGUAGAACUCAGUUUUUAAGUAUCUUGAACAUUCAAUUCAUGCAGAAAACGAGCUCUAGUUUAAAACCUCUAAUAAAAAACUUAGAUCUCCAUCCUGAUCGAGAACAAUUUGACUAGAUUAGCUAUCUUGAAAAUUGAGUUGUGCCAGUAUUAAAUUCAACUUAGGUAAGCAGUAAAUAAAAAUUUACCACAGAGGAUUGAAUAUGUACGUGCAGAGAAAAAAAUCUUUGUUGUGAAUAAAAGUUAUAUUUUAGAUUGCUUUGAACAAAAAUUGGAUUGAGUUUCUUCAUUUAAAGAUUAUGUUGGAUUCAAUAU